AUGAACGACCAGGAGGCCUUCGCGAUCGCCGUCGAGGAAGCAAAGAUUAGUUACAAAGAAGGCGGGGUUCCUAUAGGUGCCGCCUUGGUCUCUAGAGAUGGCAAGCUACUUGGACGCGGUCACAAUAUGCGGGUCCAGAAAGGCUCUGCCAUUCACCACGGUGAGACCGCAGCAUUAGAGAACUCAGGACGUCUCCCUGCUUCGGCAUACCGGGGCGCGACCAUGUACACGACUACUGGUGCCUGUAUUCUUUACGGCGUUUCUCGUGUUGUAAUUGGGGAGAACAACACUUUCCUAGGCGGAGAGGCAUACUUAAAACAGAGAGGUAUCGAGGUCGUGAACAUGCAAAGCAAGGAGUGUCAGGAUCUGAUGGAACAAUUCAUUAAAGAGAAGCCAGAGGUCUGGAACGAGGAUAUUGGUGAAGAGGAGAGAGUCCACUCCAAAGAGAAGAAGUGA